UCCAAUGGACGCCGAGUUCAGGUUGAAAAAAUUGAAUAAUAUUGCAGGCUAGCCAGACACUUACUUUAUUCGCGAAGUCAGUGGUCUAUAUUUGUGAAAAAUAUAGAUGUUCUAUCGCUAAUGUCGUUAUGAUAGUUUCUAUUUGAGUGAACAUUUUUUAUUUCAAAUCUUAGGCCGAGGAAUGAAUUAUAUUAAUCAAGGAAGUCACUAGCUGGUUAGCCAAAAGCGUUAGCUAGCAGCAGUAUCUAGCUAGCUCUUUGUUUUGACUGUGAUGGUCUGAUGAUGUUGAAUAGCUUGGACAGCUGAUGGGUCUCGAGCUAAUGUUUAUAUGAACAUGUAUAUUAUGUUUUAAUGGGUUGUUAAAUAGUAUUUCAUGUGUAAUAACAUUACUUCUUCAACGAGGGGAAUAUACAUUUGGUUGUAAACGAACAAUAGCAAGUUUACAAGCUAGCUAAACAACGAGGGACUGAGAAGUGGACAUGGGCAAUUGUCUCAAAUCGCCGACGUCCGACGAUAUAUCUCUGCUUCACGAAUCCCAGUCUGACAGAGCAAGUUAUGGGGAGGCAGACCCAGAUUUGGAGCCACCUCCGCCUUACCAGGAGGAGGCCCACAUGCCGGUGUACCACCCCACCCCUAGCCAGGCCCGCCUGGCCAGCCAGCUGACUGAGGAGGAGCAGGUCCGUAUCGCCCAGCGUAUCGGCCUCAUCCAGCACCUCCCCCGGGGUGUCUACGACGGAGGACGGGACGGCUCCGAGAAGAAAAUCAGAGAGUGUGUGAUAUGUAUGAUGGACUUUGUGUACGGGGACCCCAUCCGGUUUCUACCCUGUAUGCACAUCUACCACAUGGACUGUAUAGACGACUGGCUGAUGAGGUCCUUCACCUGUCCCUCCUGCAUGGAGCCUGUGGACGCCGCCCUGCUCUCCACUUACGAGACCAACUGACCACUGACCCUAAAUACAACACUACCCCCUUCUGCCGAGCUCUGCCUUGCCACCCCCCCUACAAACACACGCACACAUACACACACACUUCCACCAGCCCCAACAAACACACACAUGCUGCCCCUUCCCCUCUGCUUUUUACCUUGGGAUAAGGAGCAGCACAGUGUCUUGGUCGGUGAUGACAUAUGAGAGAGAGACUAUGGAAACACUAGUGAUUAACAAUGAAAAGACUUGGACCCAUCCACCCAUCACCUGGAACUGGCUCUGAACUGGAAAUGGCUCUGAACUGGUACUGGCUCUGAACUGAGACUGGCUCUGAACUGGGACUGGCUCUGAACUGAGACUGGCUCUGAACUGGAACUGGCUCUGAACUGGAACUGGCUCUGAACUGGUACUGGCUCUGAACUCGGACUGGCUCUGAACUGGGACUGGCUCUGAACUGAGACUGGCUCUGAACUGGAACUGGCUCUGAACUGGGACUGGCUCUGAACUGGGACUGGCUCUGAACUGGGACUGGCUCUGAACUGGAAUGGGCUCUGAACUGGAACUGGCUCUGAACUUGAACUGGAACUGGAUCAGAAUUGGAACUGGUUCAGAACUGGAACUGGCUUUGAACUGGAACUGGUUCAGAACUGGAACUGGCUUUGAACUGGAACUGGCUCUGAACUGGAACUGGCUCUGAAUUGGAACUGGUUCAGAACUGGAACUGGCUCUGAACUGGAACUGGAACUGGCUCACAACUGGAACUGGCUCAGAACUGGAACUUGCUCUGAACUGGAACUGUCUCUGAACUGAACCGUCUCUGAACUGAACUGGCUCUGAACUGAACUGGCUCUAAACUGAACUGGCUCUGAACUGAACUUUCUCUGAACUUUCUCUGAACUGGAACUGGCUCUGAACUGGAACUGGCUCUGAACUGGAACUGGCUCUGAACUGGAGCUGGCACUGGAACUGGCUCUGAACUGAACUGGCUCUGAACUGGCUGAGUCAUGGUCUGACUCAAAGAAGGCAACAUUAGGCAACUGUACAUAGGAGGACAAGCAGGCAUAAUAUGUGCGUCUGUGGUGGACUAGAUUCCUGAGUCAGCUGUUGAAUACAGUACUAGGAUUGGGUUGGUGAUGUUAUGGUCAGAUGGGGGAGGGGCUGUUACUGUAGUGAUGGCUCACUGCAUUUCCACUUGAGCAGGUCUCGGUGGCAUCCCAUCCCAGCCAAUCAUUAUUCACCAUGAUUAGUAGCUGGGAAUGGGAUUAGAUCAUAUUCUGUCAUCUGAAUUUGGUCACCAAGAGGUAUCAUAAGAUUCCUUUGGAACCCACAGCUGGCAACAACAAGACAAUAACAUGACUCAUCAGUCUUCUAAAGUCUCAAAAUCCUGCACUCUGAAUAUGACUUAGUAAUGGCAAAACAGCCCCAGGAAAGCCGGCAUGGUGGCGCAAUAAUGGUUAUCUCUCUACGGACUGAAGCGUACCCUGUUUUAGUGUUUCAAAAUAAAAUAAGUUACAGAGCAUAGUCUCCUUUUAGGAUUACAACAAAAACAAUUAUAGUAUGCACAUACACAGUGCAGAAAGCACCCAAAGUCCAUCCUCUAUUAGACUAUGAUAUGUUUAAUGGAGAAACACAUACACUACCGUUCAAAAGUUAUGAUAUGUUUAAUGGAGAAACACAUACACUACCGUUCAAAAGUUUGGGGUCACUUACAAAUGUCCUUGUUGAUCAGAAAUACAGUGUAGACAUGAUUAAUGUUGUAAAUGACUAUUGUAGCUGGAAAAGGACGAUUUUUAGGCGUACAGAGGCUCUCGUACAAUGCUGUGUACUACUCCCUUCACAGAACAGCGCAAACUGGCUCUAACCAGAAUAGAAAGAGGAGUGGGAGGCCCCGGUGUACAACUGAACAAGAGGACAAGUACAUUAGGGUGUCUAGUUUGAGAAACAGACGCCUCACCAGUCCUCAACUGGUAACUGUCUCAUCAUCAACAGUGAAGAGGCUACCCUGGGAUUCUGAUCAAUUUGAUGUUAUUUUAAUGGACACAUUUUUCUUCUUUUUUUUCGAAAACAAGAACAUUUCUAAGUGACCCCAAACUUUUGAACAUUAGUGUACAUCCGUUACCUUUUGUUUUGUCUUUCCGAUUGACCAUUCUAAAUGGCUCCACUGCCAUUCCAAAUGGCCUGAAGAAGUGGAUGAGCUGUAUGUCAAUCACCCUGUGUAAGGUUUAUAGGUUUUACAAUAAGAGGAGUAGCAUAGCUGUCAGACAAUGUAAAGGGCUCAUUUGUGCGUGUGCAGGAGGAUCCGUCUAAAAGUUAGGAAUGCUUGCACACACGUUAAUCUGAUCCUAAGAUUUGCACUUUACUUAUAGGACAAUAACGGAAGCAUUAUAUUAAUAUAUAUAUACCUAUAACCUUGCACUUUUCAAUAUUGUUUCUUUUCGCAGCACAGAAGUUAAGAUUGAUAUUGAUAAUGCUGUCAAUGCUACCAUUGGUCACGUAUCAAGUUGAAGUAAAGCUCAAUAGCUGAAUAUGUAUUCAUGAGUUGUGUGAUUCAGUAGUGUGCACCUGCUUUGUUUUGCUUGUCUUGAUUCUAGUGUGUGUUUUUGUGUGGAAGUGACUGAGUGAAAGGGACAGAGGUUUGCUUUGUCUCGAAUGAGACAAUAUGGAAUAGAAUAAUAUUUCUUCCUUUAAGUACUUACUUACCUAUAUUUUCAAUCCCACAGUCAUCAUUGCACAAUUUUCUUUCUUGCUGUAAAAAAAACAAAUAAAAAACUAGGCCAGCAUUUUCUUUGCUUGUUUAUUUUUGUUUGUAGCGAAGUAGCAUUGCAGUGAAUUAUUUCCAUUACAUUUUGUGUUCAUAUAAUAGUGAUACCCUUUUCUGUAUUGAUGUUUGUGUAUCUCCUACCUUUUAGAUGUAUCGUUUGUCAUUGUGUUUGUGGGAGAUAAGUAUUUCCCAUUAGAGUUUACACUGGCCUGAGUAUGCAUUUGCAAACCUCUGUCCCAAAGAUAUUUGUAAGAGGGGGAAGAUUUCUCUCAUGGUUUCACGGUGACAUUAAAAGACAACACACGUGUUUCAAUUAUUAGCUUUGUUUUGCAGUGUUUUUCAGGAUUCUGAAAAUAAAUGUCAUCUCCUGUAAUCUUGUUUUUUUAAAGGCCAACCAUCCCUCAUAUUGAAGCUGUAAAAAAAUGUAAAUAAACAAGAAAGCACACA